AAAAAGAUGGUCGCGACAUUUGUGUCGAAAGCGGGUCAUAUUGCAACAAUUACUCUUAAUGAGCAAAGAACUGUUACUGAGGAUUGGUAUACCACCGUUUGUUUGCCAAAAGUCAUCACCGAGCUUCCAAAAAUCAACCCUGAAAGAAGAAUUAUCCUCCACCAAGACAAUGCAAGCUCGCACACAGCCCAAAAAACAAGGCAGUAUUUAACGGAAGAAAACGUGGAAUUAUUGGACCAUCCUCCAUAUAGUCCUAACGAUUUCUUUACGUUCCCGAAAAUUAAAAACAGACUGGGUGGUCAAAGGUUUCAGUCACCAGAAGAAGCAGUUGACGCAUUCAAAAAUGCCGUUUUGGACCUGCCAGCAAACGAGUGGAAUAAGUGCUUUGAAAAUUGGUUCGAGCGCAUGAAGAUGUGUAUUAAUCUUGACAAUAAGACCGUGAAGAUCAGAGGUAACAUGAACGCGCAGCGUUAUAUCCACGAAGUUCUGGAACCCCAUCUUUUACCCUAUCUUGACACCCUGGCAGAUCCAACUUUCCAACAAGAUAAUGCCCGACCACAUGUUGUAAGAGUCACAAUAGACUUCUUUCAACAUAAUGAUGUCACAUUGUUACCAUGGCCACCAAGAUCUCCCGACUUAUCCCCAAUUGAGCACGGGUGGGAUAUGAUGGGUAGGAGAUUGCUCAAUUUGCAACGUCCUCUUCAGACUCUAGAAGCACUUCGAGAGGAGUUGGUGGAGGACAUUGACCACCUGAUCAGAAGCAUGCCUAGGCGCGUUGGAGAAUGCGUAGCACAUCAGGGUGCAUCCACACAUUAUUAA